GCACUUGCACAUACUGAUUGCUGGCCAGGCUGUGAGUGACUCACGGGAGCAGCAGCACAUGUGGGAAGGAGGGCUCAGGGGCAUCCAUUGAAAUCCCAGCACUGCCAGUUCUGUUCCUGUGACCCCCAGGGUGGCUUCUUAUCACUGUGGACACUACAUGUGGAUGGCUAUGUGACAAGUCCAGCUGUGACCCCCUGCUUGUCGUCUUCUACAAGUGGAUUCUUAGCUUGCUGCAAGGUACUUCACCCCAAAAUGGUUCUGACUGUUCGUUUUAUGUCUGUGCUUAUGUUGCUGCUCGGAUUGGUGCAUAAAUGUCGUGGUCAAUGUGAAAAAGCUGCUAGAAUGACAGAGAUGGAUACAAGUAUAAAGUAUAGCUUCCAGAACUUCACCACAGAUUCACCCAUACAAAAUAUCGUCCUCCAUAGAAAUUACAUAUACGUAGGGACAGUAAACAAGAUCUAUGUGCUGAAUGAAAACCUCACCAAGCUCUCGGAGUAUAAAACGGGGCCGGUGCUAGAUCAUUCCAGUUGUUUGCCUUGCAAAAACUGCACAGGCAAUGGACAGUCAUCAAAUGGAACUUGGAGCGAUAACAUUAAUAUAGCUCUGCUGGUGGACGAAUUCUAUGAGGACCAACUGAUCAGCUGUGGGAGCGCACAUGGAGGUUCUUGCCAACGUCAUAUUCUCACUUAUGACAAACCCUGGGAUAUUGCAACUCAUGCUCAUUGUAUGUAUUCAUCAGAUGCACAAAAGGGACUGGACAAAUGUCCUGAUUGUGUUGUUAGCGCAUUAGGAAGCAAGGUUCUUGUAAUUGAAGGGGACAGAUUUGUAAAGUUCUUCGUAGGAAAUACGAUAAGGGAUACAAAGUCCAACCUUCAUUCCAUAUCAGCCCGGAGGCUGAAAGAGACACAGGAAGGGUUUGAGUUUCUUGCAGAUCAGUCCGUUCUGGAUGUUCUUCCUCAGAUUAGAGAAACCUAUCCAAUUAAAUACAUCCAUGCAUUUGAGAGUGACAACUUUGUGUACUUUUUAACUGUACAACGAGAGUCCUUGGACUCCAACGUGUUCCAAACCAGAAUCAUCAGAUUUUCUGCCUCGGACUCAGAGCUGCGAUCUUAUAUUGAGAUACCUUUUGAGUGUAUAUACACAGAAAGAAGACGAAAAAGAUCUACCAGGGAGGAGAUUUUCAAUAUAUUAAUGGCGGCCUAUGUAAGUAAGGCAGGUGAGGCCUUGGCCCAGGAGAUGGGAUUUGAUCAAAAUGAUGAUAUCCUCUAUGCUGUAUUUGCUAAAAGCAAACUCGACUCCUCAGAGGUAACCAACAAAUCCGCUGUCUGUGCUGUGUCUGUGAAAACCAUCAAUGGCUUCAUCAAUGAAAUUGACAAACAUAGCACCAAAUGUCUUGAGCACUUUUAUGAAAAAGACCAUCGAUCCUGCAUAGGCAAGUCAUUUGUAAGAAAUGCCUCCCACAGUCCAGCUUCAGUUGACGAAUAUCGAGUAGAAGUGACUACCCCACUACAACGUCUUGACCUUUUCAUGGGGCAAUUUAACAAGGUUCUGCUAACGUCAAUCUCUGUGUUUACCCAAGAUUCUCUCACCAUUGCCAAUCUAGGAACAGCUGAUGGACGUUUCCUACAGGUUGUCAUCUCCCGAUCUGGUCUGACAAAGCCUCAUGUCAAUUUUAUGCUUGGUGGAGGCCCAGUAUCUUCUGCAGUAGUCAUCAACAAGACUUCCACUGAAAAUGGAUAUACACUGGUUAGCACAGGAAUGCAGGUAACGAAAGUUCCGCUGCUGUGCCACAAGUGUGAUCAUUUUAAAACCUGCAGUCAGUGCUUCUCAGCACCUUCCUUUAUGAAAUGUGGCUGGUGUAAAAAUCGAUGUUCCCGAAAACAUGAGUGCUUCAAGGAGAAGUGGACACAAGAUUCCUGCUCUCCAGCAGUUUACGAGAUUUUCCCAGCUUCUGCUCCCUUGGACGGUGCGACACAGUUAACGAUAUGUGGUCGAGAUUUUGUUCUGAACAGAAAUAACAAUUAUGACUUCAAAAAUACGGUUGUCACUAUUGGUGAAAAGAAUUGUAAAAUUGAUGGAAGAUCCAGUAAUGUAAACAAGUUGGUGUGUAAACCUGGCACAGUUCCCAAGACUAUUUUUAACAUAAGCAGUAGUGUUUCGAACGGAAAACAGACUGAAAUAUUCAGCAUUUUUUCAUAUGUGGAUCCUGGAAUUACAAACAUUACACCAAUUUAUGGCCCAAAAUCAGGGAAAACCUUGCUUACCGUGAAAGGUCAUUAUUUAAAUAGCGGGGCAGUUCAGAAUGUUUAUAUCGGACAAGAAAAGUGUACCAUCAAAAGUGUUUCUAGUACAGUAAUCGAGUGCUAUACACCAAGGCAGAGCACAGCUGCCUCAUAUCGUGUCAUACUGAAUAUCGACAAUGCCAAUCGUGAAGCAAGUAUCAAGUUUACAUAUAAAGACGAUCCCAUCAUUUUGAAAAUUUACCCUGCAAAGUCUUUUCUCAGUGGUGGGAGCUCAAUUAUAGCUCAAGGAAUAAACCUGAACACUGUCAAUACACCACGGAUGAGAAUCCAGCUGUCCAAACCAUCGAUAAGCUACAAUGUGUCUUGUACCCACAGAUCGGCUUCCGAGUUAAUCUGCUGCUCGACCCCUUCCUUGAAGGAUUUAAACCUGGUGCCACCUAUCUCCACUGAGGUCUCCUUUAUCUUGGAUGGUGUAACUUCGGCCAACUUUGAUUUCACUUAUGUGAAUAACCCCGUAUUUGAGACAUUUGAAAAACCUUUUGUUAUUUCAAUGGAGAAGAAACAUAUCCUGGAAAUUAAGGGAGAUCGUAUCGAUUCUGAAGCUGUCAGGGGAGGUGUACUAAAAGUGGGCAAUAAGAGCUGCGAUAUUGUUCAAUCCAAAUCAAAUUUUGUGUCCUGUACAGUUUCCACUGAUCUGUUCAAAUCAAACAAUGAGUUAAAAGUAGAGUUUGUGCAAGAAUCGUCCUCUAUUCUCAUUGGGAAAGUGAUGGUACAACAAAAUCAGACUUAUUCUGGAAUAAUCACUGGUGUUGUGGUCUGUGUGAUACUGCUUAGUACAGUGCUGGGGAUUUAUUUAUGGAUCAGAAAGAAAAAACAAUUCAAAGGUACAGAUGGGGAGAUGGUUCUCUAUGAUACAAGAGCCCAUACUGCACAUUUGGACCGACUUGUAAGUGCGAGAAGUGUCAGUCCAACCACAGAAAUGUUGUCGAGUGAAUCUGUAGACUACCGAUCCACAGUUCAGGAAGAUCAGUUUCCACAUUCAUCUCGCAAUGGAUCGUGCCGACCGGCCCAGUAUCCUCACCGGGACUUGUCUCCCAUUUUAUCGAGCGGUGAUUCGGAUAUAGCCAGCCCCUUGUUACAGACUUACGUCCACAUUGAUAUAAGUGCUCUGAGCGCAGACCUUGUGAAAGAGGUAGAACAUAUGGUCAUUGGCGUGGACAGUCUUCUGGUGCACUUCAAUAAGGUGAUUGGACGGGGGCAUUUUGGUUGCGUAUAUCAUGGGACUCUUUUCGAUACCGAUCGCACGAAAAUCCACUGUGCUGUUAAAUCUCUGAACCGAAUCACAGAUAUUGAAGAAGUCUCACAGUUUCUUAAGGAAGGUAUCAUUAUGAAAGAUUUCAGCCAUCCCAAUGUCCUGUCCUUGUUGGGCAUCUGUCUACCGACCGAAGGUUCUCCGUUAGUUGUGCUUCCAUUUAUGAAACAUGGAGAUCUCAGAAAUUUCAUUAGGAAUGAGACUCAUAAUCCAACUGUGAAAGACCUUAUUGGAUUCGGUCUACAGGUUGCAAAAGGAAUGGAAUAUCUCGCAAGCAAGAAAUUUGUCCACCGAGAUCUGGCUGCCAGAAAUUGCAUGCUUGAUGAGACCUUUACUGUCAAGGUUGCAGACUUUGGACUUGCAAGAGAUGUUUAUGAUAAGGAAUAUUACAGUGUGCACAACAAGACUGGAGCCAAACUACCAGUAAAGUGGAUGGCGCUAGAAAGCUUGCAAACACAGAAGUUCACUACGAAGUCUGACGUGUGGUCGUUUGGAGUACUACUGUGGGAACUAAUGACUAGAGGGGCGCCGCCGUAUCCCGAUGUAAACUCUUUUGAUAUAACUGUAUACCUACUGCAAGGACGAAGACUGCUACAGCCCGAAUACUGCCCUGAUCCACUGUUUGACGUAAUGUUGAAAUGCUGGCAUCCAAAACCAGAGCUACGUCCAACAUUCUCUGAACUGGUCUCGAGAAUAUCUUCAAUCUUCGCAACUUUCAUUGGGGAGCACUAUGUGCUUGUUAAUACCACGUACGUCAACGUUAAAUGUUCAGCUCCCUACCCAUCUCUUUUAUCAUCAGGAGAGAGCGUGGAAUUCGACAUGGAAACGUGACUUGACAAGACUUUACCUGGACAUUUAUGGAAUUGUUAGUCUUCUUAUUUUCGACCAAAAACGUUUGGAAAGUACUUUCUCAAUGUUUUAUUGGCAGAACUGCCAGGCUUGUUUUGUUGUUUUAUUUUGUUUAGUCAGUUAGUCGUUUUUCUGUUUUUAAUUUGCACUAUGUAAGCUUUGCGAGCUGUCCGUUGCAGCUACACAUUUCUGCGGAGAAAAUGGUACAAGAAAAUUUUGCGUUCUGUUUAUUUUAUAUUUUUUGUUACUUUUCUAGAUCGCAGAAGUCGCAACAGAGCUGUUCACUUGUUUUUUUUUCGGGUUUCACAAACCCAUAUAGGUCCAAAUUUUUCAGCACACUACUAAGAAAUUUAACUCAAGCACUGUGGAGGGGGAAUCUUAAAUUUCUUUCCAAAAAUAAUGUGAGGUCUCUGUCUGCUGUAUUUAUUUCUGAGUUACCUCUAUAGCACUUUUAAUCAGGCAUAUAUUGCCGGUCUGUAAAUCAAAGGUUUUUUUCUCACAGAAAUAAAAUAUGUAUAUUUGGGGGAAAUGUUGUUUGUUCAAUAUCAUGUACUUGUCCGCAUGUAAGAAGGAGUCACAAAUGGAGUUUGCUCUUAGUGGGCAAGUAAAAUAUCAUGUUUAUAGUUAUAGCAAGACUGUUCUGUCUGUGAAUAAACGCAAAGGAAUAUAUUACUGCCUGGGCUGUAUCAUAACCUAAUUGUUAGAUACAUCCGACUUACAGUACAUAGUAAUAAAUAAAGUAUAUCAAAACUGGAUUAUGCACUUUCAUACAGGUGUCAACAUUCAUCUGCAAAACUGAUGGCUGACCCUAGAAUGUUUAACUGAGGCAUCAUGGAAAACAUGACAUACUAACAUUUGGUUCGCCAUGAUGAGCCAUUACCAAUCUUUAACACUGGUUUUUCCUGUAAUUUACUCGUGCGAUCACUGAGGCAAUUCAAUGAUAGUUGCAAAGUGAGUCAAAGAAAGUUAUGAAAGUUAUAUAAUGUUCGUUCCUGUGGAAUUUUUGGCUUAACUCUGUACAGAUUAUUUGUUGUAGGAUGUAACUGGAAUUGUUGAUUUAAUGUAUGGCAUUUAAAGUUUUAUAUUUUUAUAAAUAAAUGUUUAUUUUUCAUGCAAUGUUCAA